AUGUUCGUGACACCUAGACCCCGCUUCCGUUUUCUCAACGGCCAAACAUCUCUUCCAUUCAUCAUGGCAGGUGAAUAUCCAACACUCGGCUCAGAUGCCAGAUUGCUGCCUGAUGACAUGGUCGAAGCCAACAAUACACCAUCACAGCUUGACGUCUUCUUGUACACCGGAUGUGAAGAACAAGUCGAGGACGUGAGGCGCUACCAACGCAACGGCUACCACCCGGUUCUCCUCGGCGACAUACUCCCCAAAGCAGGCACCUGUGUAGACAAACACCGAGAGCCGCGUUAUAGAAUUCUGCUCAAGUUGGGAUUUGGAGCUUUUGCCACCGUGUGGCUGGCGCGAGACCUCGUCAAUAGUCGUUUUGUCGCGCUUAAAAUCUGCAUUGGUGCAGACGUUCCGGGUCUAAGCCAAGAAUUGACAAUUCUCUCCAAAAUCCACAGUACCACUAAGAGAACGGCUGGUUACGAGAGAAUCAUCCGACUUUUAGACGAUUUCACAAUCGAGGGACCGAAUGGAUUACAUGAGUGCUUGGUUACCGAAGUCAUCGCCCCAUUAAGCGAGUCGGAAAUCCUACAUCAUUGCCCGUGGCAUGCGCUGUACCAAAUCUUGGAAGGGUUUGCUUUCCUGCAUGGCGAGGAUGUCGCUCACGGCGGUGCGUCGAUCACGUCCUUUUUCUCGAUUGAAGCUUGGGCCGAACACGAGGCCCAUCAGUUCACAGCUAAGCUCCCUUAUGAUGAGCUGCGAGCCGUACUUCUAGACCUGGCCCGGAAGAUGAUCGUCACCGAUCCGCAAAAAGAUGUCCUGCAGGAGAGCUGUUGCAGCACCGUCUCUUCUGCGAUCGUACCUUGGCCAAUGGUCCCCGGGGUGAGUAAGCUCUGGCCAGGCGAGGAUGAGGAUGGGCCAGCUCGCCAAGCUGAGCGCAUCGUCACGCAUAGCUCAUGA